CAGGAACCUGCAGCGACAGAAACACAGCUUUUACACAAGACCCCACAGCCUGCGGACCAAAACGCGACAAUGUUUUUUGAUGUAAAUGAGGUCGCUUCCUGGACAAUAAAAAACGAAAGUCAAAGAGGGAAACAAGUGCACAUGGUGAACGACACUGACACAGAAGCAGCGCAGAGACAACACAGCAUGAGCCAGUGGAAGCAGAUUCAGCAGCUGGAGAUCAGACUCCUGGAACAUGUGGACUAUCUGUAUGAUGAUAACUUUCCCAUGGACAUCCGACAGGGUCUGUCCAGCUGGAUCGAGUCCCAGGAUUGGGACACAGCCGCUAAUGACGAGUCAAUGGCGGCGGUGCUGUUCGCCAACUUGUUGACCCAGUUGGAUAGGGUGCGCUCACAGGAGCAGAACUUCCUACAGAGACACAACAUGAAAAUCAUACAACAGCAGCUACAGGUGAAAUACACGACAAACCCUGUUGUCAUGGCCAGGGUUAUCUCUACCUGCCUGAGGGAAGAGCGCCGUAUCCUCUCCAGCGCCUGCAUGCAGGAACAGGGUCCACUGGAGAAAUCUUUGCAGAAUUCUGUGGCCUUUGAGAGGCAGAAGAGCAUGGACAACAGAGUUGGGAUCGUCAGAGGCAACGUGCAGCUGAUGGACCAGGCAGUGAAAUACAUCGAGGACAUGCAGGACGACUUUGAUUUCCGCUACAAGACGCUACAGUCUCGAGAAUCGACCGAUCCUCGUCACAACUCUGAGAUGAUGAAACAGGAAGUUACAAGACUGCAAGAAAUGCUAAACAGGCUUGACUUCAAAAGAAAAGAGAUUUUGUCAAAGAUGGAUGUUGUGAUCAAAGAUAUUGAUGACCUGAUGACCUCUCAGCUCAACCCGGAGCUGCAGGACUGGAAGCGCAGGCAACAGAUCGCUGCCAUCGGUGGUCCGCUGCUCACCGGCCUGGACCAGCUGCAGAGUUGGUUUACCUUGACAGCUCAGAGUCUCUUCCAGAUCAAGCGUCAGCUGGACAAACUGGGGGAACUGGUGUUGAAGGUCACCUAUGAAAGUGAUCCAAUCCCUCUGCAAAAACCUCAGAUGGAGGAUCGAGUCAAAUACCUCAUCUACCAUCUCAUCAAGAGCUCAUUUGUGGUGGAGAAGCAGCCAUGCAUGCCCACACACCCACAGAAACCCCUCAUCAUCAAGACCGGAGUGCAAUUCACCACCAAAGUCAGACUCCUGGUUAAACUUCCAGAAGUGGAUUAUCAGCUGAAAGUGAAAACAACAUUUGAUAAGGACCUCCCCCCUGGCAGAGUAAGUCGUCAGUUUUUCAUCCUCACCAACAACACUAAAGUUAUGGACAUUGAGGACUACUCAAACGGCUGCCUUUCCGUGGAGUUUAGACACCUGCAGCUGAAAGAGAAGAAAUAUAUCAAUGGCACAAAGGGGAAUGAGGGUCUCCUCUCGGUGACAGAGGAACUGCACUCUCUCAGUUUCGAGGCUUGCCUUACAGUGCAGGGCCUCACCAUUGAUCUAGAGACGUGUUCUCUGCCUCUGGUGGUCAUUUCCAACGUGAGCCAGCUGCCUGGGGGCUGGGCGUCUGUCAUGUGGUAUAACCUUCUGACUGAUGAGCCGAGGAACUUGUCUUUUUUUGGGAACCCACCUCGGGCCACAUGGAGCCAGCUCUCUGAAGUCCUCAGCUGGCAGUUCUCCACCUUUGCAGGUCAAGGCCUCAACAAGGAGCAGCUCACCAUGCUGGGAGAGAAGCUUCUUGGUCAGCAUUCCUCCUGUAGUGACUAUCAAGUGUCCUGGUCUAAGUUUUCAAAGGAGAAUAUUCCAGGAAAGCCCUUCAGUUUCUGGAUGUGGUUGGACUCCAUCCUGGAGCUCAUCAAGAAGCACCUGCUGCCAGUUUGGAACGAGAACUAUAUCAUGGGCUUUGUGAGUAAAGAGAUGGAGCGCACUCUGCUGAAGGACAGAGAGCCGGGCACGUUCCUCCUACGCUUUAGCGAGAGCCACCUCGGAGGAAUCACUUUCACCUGGGUGGAGCACAGCGACAACGGAGACGUGAAGUUUAACUCCGUGGAGCCAUACACUAAAAACCGUCUCAGCGCUCUCCCAUUUGCUGACAUCAUACGAGAUUACAAAGUGAUCUCAGACGGGGUUGUUCCAGAGAACCCGCUUAAGUUCCUGUACCCCGACGUACCCAAAGACGAGGCCUUCGGACGGCUGUACAACAGUCAGCCAAGCAAAGCUUAUCCAUACAUACCAUCAACCCUGAUCCCCAUCUCAGAAUUACGCUCUCACGCCAGCACCACACCACCUCCAUGUCAGUCUCCUGAGCCACCGAUGACUCCCGGGGAGUUUGACAUGCUCAGCGAGAGCCUAUGCUUCAACAUUGACAAUAUGAGUUCUCCGUACUCAGAGUAAAGUGAGAUGAAACAUGCAACAUUUUGCUCAAAAGUUCCUCAAAACAUUCUGAACAGUUUUCAUAAUGCCCCGACACCAGUCUCUAAACAGUGUCCACAUCUUUGUUAUCAUGAAACAGUGACUGCUCGUUUAAACAGGGCUUUACGGUCAAAUCCAUUGCUUGAGCUGUUUUUUUUCCCAUCAGAACAUGGCAUUCACAAACAUACAUAAACAUUUAACAUGACAUUAACACAAGCGGACAUGUUGAAAAAGAUAAACUGAAAACUCAAUAACCAGAUCUUGGGAGCCAGAGAGACACACAGAGUACAUUACAACGACAGUACGACGAAAAUUCUCACCUUUUAUUCGUCAGCACAUCACCAACUUCACUAUGUUCAAGAAAAUAUAUAAAGGGAUGCCACACUUCCUCAAAAAGAAACUGCAUCCAUCCCAUAACAUAUAAGUCAUCUUUUCCAUUGAAUCAUAUCUGGUCAUUUCUUUCAAAUACUUAUACUAAGCACAUUUUGGGUCCUCCUUUGUGGAGCAAUAAGAGGUUUUGCUUGCAACAUACACAGGUUGAGGAAUGUACAGUCUGCUGGCAGUAAUAUAUAGAUUUUUUGGAUUUUAUCCAUCAGGCGGUUCACAUCUUUCUGAUUUUUUUUAAUGUAUUUGCAUUCUCAGUUGCAGUAAUAUAGAGUACCUUUUUCUUUAAAAAAAGUUUUUUAUUGAGUUUCACUAAAAAAAGAAUACCUUUAAACUUAUUGUAUUUCACAUGUCAGGAAUAUUUUCAAUGUAUGUUCAACCCUUAUGUAAGUGCACAUUAACCACUUGUAUUGUAAAUAUUCUAAUCCUGAAUUUAGGUUUGAGCUUUCUAACAUGCCUCCAACCAGUCACUCACAUAGAUAUCCUCAUUUAAAUCCCGUCUCCGUGCUUCUAAUGUAGAGUUUGAGGAACCUUGAUUCCCUGACAGGUUGUUUAAAUCAAGUAUUGCCUCAAAUGGGGCUACAAAAUAAUAAGAUGGGGAUAACAUCAAUAUUUCUUAACUUGUAUAUUUAUCGUAUUCAAAACCGUCGAAUUACACGUUUUUUCAAAGGUCUUUGGGUUCUUCUGAGGGAUGUCCAAGAUUGCAAUUAUGGCAUGAAAAGCAAACAAAUAAUGGUUCUUAGAUGGACACGGCAAUAAUAUGACUGCCAGUUAGAAUAUUGAAAUCACUCUCUAUCACAUGACAAAUACAACAAUGUGAAAUCAGUACUUUUACAGGUGGCAAAGAAUAUUCUGGAAUAGGAAUAGAAAGUUUGAGUAAUGUAUUCAUUUUCAAAAUAUGGCAUGAGCUGUUGUUUAUUGCUUUUAUAUAUACUUUUUUUUUUUUUUAAAUAAUUUGUGUAUUGAUAGUCUAUGGUGACUUGGUUUUGAAUCAUAUUGACUGAUUUUUUAUAAGGCCUCUUGUAUAUAAAACAGUUUAAACAUGUACAUUUUGUCUGCAAUGUUCCAUAUUGACAUUAACUUUAUCACUGCAUCCUUAGCACCACUCUCUUCUACCUGCAGUUUUUUAAAUGAACUUUAUUGACCUUAACAGUCAUUAAGGCAAAAAAUAGGGGAAUAAAAGGAAAAAAAACACGAGGGGUCAUUUAGGAAUUAAGGCACAUAGAUAUCUAUAUAGAUGUAGGGCUUUUUCCAUUUUGCAAUUUUUCAAUGAUCUUUUAAAUAGCUUUAUUACAUAUAGAAAAGCAAUAAAUAUGGGGGAGAGCUUGAGAAAACAAUGCUUGUGAAUAAAAUGCCAAGAUAAUCAAAUUAUUAUUUCCAAAUUCUUUUUUUUUUCCCCCUCUAUUUGAAGACCAACCUUUCUAUUUUCAGAUGUAAAAAUCAGAAUAUUGUUGUCAUCAUAAAUUAUUCAAUAUUGGAAAGCAUCCCAAAAGGUCCCAGUUAAUCUCUCUUAAACUACAGUUUGCCUGAGGUCGUCACAGUCGUCCACACCAUCUUCCAUUCAGUCAUCAAAGUGAGCUUAUCUGCCACCAGCAGCCCGUGAUGAGGUAUUGCAAGGUCACGUGAUUCCCGGAGAGUGGAGUAUAGGUGUUUUUCUGCUUUGAGGAAGUGACAUCUCCCCGUGAACCAUUUGAACAUGUUUUCUCGUGAUUGUCCUAUGCAGGUUUGAUUUUUGUAACCUGGCACCAAACUCAUGCUGCUUGUUUGAGUCACUUCCUCGCUCUUAUGUUGCCUAGAGACAUCAAAAAACAAACAGAAUCCAAUUUAUUAUUGCUUAAAGCCCCUAUUUUCACACAUGUAGUUCACACUGCAGAACCUGAAGAUGUUGGGAAAGUUACUUUUGAAAUGUAACUGGUAAAUUAUGAGCUACAUUGUUAAAAAUGCGAUAAGUAAUGUAACUACUUUAAUUACUCCAUAAAAGCAAUGUAACUCAAUCAGUUAAAUCCGAUUUUGAUUACUUAUUGUUAAAAUGUUUUAAAUUGGACAACAAAGCCAAAAAAAGCCUGGAAACAGGAUAUGCCAAAGAAGGCAUUCCUGCUCAACAAAAGCAUGCAAAGCAACAGAAUAAACACAUUUACACAAUUAAAAUUGUGCACAAUUAAAUUGUGCAUGGGGGAGUAGCAAAAAAUGCUGGACCCUAUAAGAAGUUUCUGUGAACUCCAAGGCCUUCCACUUCAUUCUUCUCACACAUUUUUUGAUAUAUUUUUUUAUGUCACUGCUCUCCUUCCCUUUUUCUUUCUUCCUUUUCCAUUCUUGCAUAAAGACAGCAGUGUAUUGGUAUCCCAGCUGUCAUCGGGCGGAAGGACAGGUCACCAGACUAUUGCAGGGCCCCUCUACUUUUUGAUUUCUUUUUUUUUUUUUUUUUGCACUGCUAUCUCUUGAUUUAUUCAUAAAAUUUUUAUUUAAUUAUGGCAAUUACGUGAGGGCCCCCUCACAUUGGGGCCCUGGGUGUGUAGUUCAACCCUCUCUUCUUACUAGCCCCUCUAUCUAUAGGUAAGCCAUUUGGCAAAAA